GGGAAUCUGUCUGAAAGGGGGAUCAGCACAGUUGUUUUCCAGAACCCGGCAGUUUUCGUCAUAAAAGCUCAGGAUGAAACUUCACGGGGACACAGGUUGCCCUGGACCAUCCGAUCUUUGGGCGGCAAGAUGCUGAGGUAUGGCCAUGUUUCCAAAAACAGAACGAAUCCCAAUGAUCGGAUGUCAAGCGUCUGAGAAUCAAGUGUGGCGGCCUCCAGUAUCCCAAGCAGACAAAUACGAAUAAAUGGACUGGUGAACACGCGCAAAGGUUCAAGAAGCAUUGAGCACAGCCGCCGUCUGCUCCACUGAUCUCCGGACCCUACUGUCCCACUGCCGCGCCGGCUGGUUGGAGACCUUGGCGGGGGGAGACGUCAGCGUGUGUGGCCGCGUCGUUUAAAGCUUGAAGCUGAGCCCACUGAUUUGAUCACACAAGGUCUUCGUGACGGCGCCUGAUCGCCUGAUAAAACUGGAAACCUGGUUUACUUUCUUAAGGAACGAUUUAUUUUCUUCUUCUCCCUUCUUAGCAUCUGCGCAUUCCAGGUCCCAUCUCUUCAUCAUUGAUUCAUUCCAUGCGUACCACAUGUCAAUGAUAUCCACCAUUGUCACCACGGCCAUAUCAACAUUUAAACUUCACUCGACCUUCUCGGCAGCUGCAGCAGUGAGACGACCAGUUAGGCAUUUUACCUAGGCCACUUGGAUAUCAUCAUCAAGGUGGAAGAAAUCUAGAGGUGGGCACGCUAGAAAGUGGGAACAUUUGGGGAACAUACUGCGACGUAAUUUCCCCUCUUGAUCCCCAAACCCCAGACACUCGGAGAUCCCUGCUCCCGCUGUGCCGAAACACAACAGAAGGGGAUCCGCCUGUCAAUCGCCAGAUUCCCAAUUCCUCCUCCUGUCAAUCGAACAUCCAAAACCACCCAAAAAAAUAACAAACCAACAAACAAACCGGGCCUGGGUUCGCUCGCUGGAACCACCCGUCGCUCAUUUGUAUUGUUCCUUUUGCAACAACAAAAACCCUCGUUUACACGGAACCACCUCCUCCCGAUCAUUACGAACCCCCUUUGGCGACCACCACCUGCAGGCUCUCCUGCCGCUGUUUAUUACGCUCAGGAGCCAGCCCCCAAAAGAAUUAGCCCGUCAUGGCUUCCAACGAAUACUACAGUCAGACGUCCCGAGCUGACAACCAGUACUACGGCGGCAACGACCAAUACCGAACAGAAUCCCCCUCUGCUUACUCGGCGCCCGCCCCGGCCUACAGCUCCCACCACAAUCUCGUUGGACCUGGGAAGGACCGGCCGCCGGCGGCGCAAGGUGUGUCUCCUUCACCUUUCGAAACCGUUUUCGACGAUCAUGUCUAUCCGGCAGCACCAUCCUCAAGCCACCAAGCGCGCCGCCUAAGUCAGCAAGACACGAGCUACCGCCCCCUCUCGCGGGUGCCCUCUGAUGAAAUGCCUGCUUACAAUCAUGCCCCAGAUGACAUCCCGCUGCAGGACAACAUGCAGAAGCACCCUACGAGACAACACAUCGAGAUGCAGGAUCACGUCUAUGAUACUUCGUCGUCGCAGCACCAGCAGCCGCCGAACAAACCACCGAGCAAAGGGCGGGUGAGGUUGGGGGAGUUGGGCAUGCUGGGGUCGGGAAAGAAGAAGAUACCGUUUGUGGUGUAUUUUUUUACUAUUGUUCAAGUUGCAGUUUUUAUCGGUGAAUUGGUCAAGAAUGGCACCUCGACCGGCUCCCCAAUCAUGAUAAAACCCCAAUUCAACCCCAUGAUCGGUCCCUCCCCCUACAUCCUCAUCAACAUGGGUGCCCGCUUCGUCCCCUGCAUGCACAACGUCAAGGCCAUCCAAGAAGCCGAAGGACCCGUCUCGUGGCCCUGCCCCUGGUCGACCACCAACGAGAACACAUGCACCCUCUCGGAGCUCUGUGGCUUCGGCGGUGUCCAACAGCCGGGCCAACCGCCGGAACCGAACCAAUGGUUCAGAUUCAUUGUCCCCAUCUUUUUGCACGCCGGUCUGAUCCACAUCGGCUUCAACAUGCUGCUUCAACUCACACUCGGAAGGGACAUGGAGAAACACAUUGGCUCGAUCCGGUUCUUUAUAGUGUACAUGUCGGCCGGCAUCUUUGGUUUCGUCAUGGGGGGUAACUUUGCUGCGACUGGCAUCGCCAGCACGGGCGCAUCAGGUUCAUUAUUCGGGAUUAUCGCACUCACCUUUUUGGACCUGUUGUACAGCUGGAAAGACAGGGUGAAUCCCACAAAGGACCUGAUGUACCUCUUUAUCGACAUCAUCAUCUCUUUUGUCCUGGGUCUCUUGCCCGGUCUGGACAACUUCAGUCACAUCGGCGGGUUUUUGAUGGGGUUGGCGCUGGGGAUUUGUAUCCUUCACUCGCCCAACUCGUUGAGGAGGAGGAUUGGAGAGUCGGAUGUUCCCUAUGCCAACAGUCAAGUUUCGUCUGGGUUUUUGAAGGAGGGGACGGUACCACCGUUUUUUAAGAAUCCCGUGGGCUUUUUCAAGGGGAGGAAGCCGCUUUGGUGGGGGUGGUGGUUGAUUCGGGUGGGGGCGCUGAUUUUGGUGCUGGUGGUGUUUGUGUUGCUGUUGAAUAAUUUUUAUAUUCAUCACAAGCCUGUGAAUAACUGGUGCGAGUUGGGGAAUUUGACUAUUACGAGGGAUCAGGAGACUGCUCAGCAGCAGCAGGCGGCGAAGAGGGCGGUGGAGGCUUUGAUGGGGAUGUCGAGACGGGUUUUGAGGGGUUGAAUAGACGAGAAGAAGGUGUGGUUUUUUGUUGUUGCCCCUUGUUAUUGGGUGUCAGAGGCAUAAAAAUAUGCAUAGCAUUGGCGUUUAGGAUUUUUGUUUUCACAGCUGGCUUUGGUCAGUAAUCGGUUAGGGAUUAUCAUUACCUGCCUGUUAGAAGUGGGCGGUGAGUUUACUUUUGUGCAGAGACAGAAAAAAACUAGCAUUGUCAACAAGAAAGAAAAGAAGUAUUGAUGUAUUCAUAACCCCC